CGCCAACCACAACACUUUCUGACCAAUCCCGAGCCCCCAAACCCUCGCUUCAUUCGAAGUUGGGCUAAGUUGCGAAGAAACCACCCCAAGAUGCAGACGUGUGAAUUGGGCGUCGUCAAGUACAUUUUGUUCACUUUCAAUUUAAUUUUCGCGAUUUCAGGCAUCGGGCUGAUCGUCGCCGGAGCGUUCGUCCUUUCAGAUGUGGGCGAGUUCGAGCACUUCAUGGAGGGGCGCAUUUUGGCCCCGCCGGUGGUGCUCAUCGUCGCGGGGUGCAUCGUGUUUCUGGUGGCCUCUUUGGGGUGCUAUGGGGCUAUCAGGGAGUCCUACUACAUGCUCAUGGCUUUUGCGCUCUGUUUGCUCAUUAUUUUGAUCAUCGAACUCGCGGUGGGAAUUGCGGCCGCUGUCUACAAAAACGACUUCCAAAUGUCCAUGAAGGACAUCAUGAAGAGUUCGAUGCAGCGGUUUGAGAACAGCAAAUCGGAUCGAGUCGCCUGGAACAACCUACAAACUAAAUUGAAAUGUUGCGGAGUGGAAGGCCCCUCCGACUGGCCCGAAAACACGCGUCCUGUCACUUGCUGUCAUGCAAUUCGAGAAGGGGUGGCCCCCCCGGAGGCCCACCAUUGCAGGGCUGCCAAACCCGAAGACGAGAUUUUGUACGUCGAUGGGUGUUUUUACCAACUGCAAGACAAGGCCGAAUCGGCCGCGAAGAUCUUGAUUGGCGUUGGAAUCGGAAUUGCUUUUGUUGAGGUGAUUGGGAUUAUUUUGGCCUGUUGGUUGGCCUCAGCAGUUAAAAAUAAAGAUUAAUUCGGGAAAAAACACACCACGGUAUUUUUCAAAGCAAUCAACUGUACAUUGUAAGGAACGAAAUUAUGAUCAUUUCCGAGGUUUUUUGAACUUGAUUUUGCAUAAAUAAAGUGUUUCAAUUACCGAAAAGUGAAUAGUUGGCGAAAAAUUCGUUUUUAUAAAAUAAGCGACAUUUUCAAUGCAUGCGGCUGUACCUCUUAUCCAUCAAAUAAAAGCAAAUAAUUGUUUAAUUUCUUA